AGUUUCAGGUCUCGGAGUGCAAAAAAUGUACACAGAAUUAUUACUUUAUUGCAUCCUCCCAGUUCUAGCAUUAGCUCAAAAUGCACUAUCAGAUGAAGCAUAUGAAUAUAGGCAAGGCUUAUGGCCUAUUGUGGAUGAUAUGGAAGAAUGGCCAAAUAAAUUAUCUAGUGCGCUCUACUACGAUCCACGCUUGAAACGCUGGGCAAGUCAGCUGAGACUUGGCAAACGAGCAAACUGGGCCAGUAAAGUACGCUUUGGAUGACAAUAACACCGAUACUGCAAAGGAUCAGAAGGCUUGCAGUAAUGGAUUUAAAACGAGUGAUCAUUUUCUGCUUGUAAAAUUUGCUUUUAAUUAAACAAAUCCGUCGGUCCCACCUUUCUCGAUGCGACUGUCCCCAUGGAGUAAUCUAACAAACAUAUUCCAAAUUCAUGAAAGCAUUGAAGAUGUGGUUCGUUAUGCAAACUUUCAUCUUGGCGGGA